AAGCUUUGCUAUUACUGCUAGUUGUUGCAAUGGGCGGUUGCUCUGCUCCAAACUGCUCCAAUUCAACCAGUAUAGGGAAGCAACUCUUCAGGUUUCCCAAAGACCCUGUCCGUAAAAAGAAGUGGGUGGUGAACUGUCGUCGGGACUUUGAGCCAACUCCUCACUCCAGACUCUGUCAGGAUCAUUUUGAGCAGAGUCAGUUUGAAGAGAUAGCCAGGUCUCCAGCCGGGGGGAAGAAGUUGAAGCCCAAUGCCAUCCCGACUCUUUUCAGUUUUGGGGAUCCUCCUUACCCAGUAGUAUCCAUACCCUUCAUCUCGCACAACCUGAAAAAUGAUACAGAGAAGGAGCAGAAUUUUGGGGACCAUGGCUAUGCCAGACGCAACCCACUGCCUGGGAUGGUAGGAGAUGAUGCUGAGAAGACAGGAGAGGACCAGCAGCCUUGUACUCAGUGUCAUUUCCUCAAGAAACUGCUGGAGCAGGAAAUGCAACACACAGCAAGGGUGCAGAAAGAGGUAGAACGGCCACCAGUCUCUCUGUCUGUGUUGAACAUGUUCUGCUGCCUCUGUGUCUCAUCGUUAAUCAUUGAUUAUUGUCUUUACCAGGCAGAGAAGAUGAAGAAACGUCUUUAUCGUCUCAACAGAAUCGAGAAGGGCCUACAGAGCUUUUUGUACGAGGACCAGAUCCGCGCCUUGUCUCUCACCAAGCGUUCUCGCCGGGCUGUCUGGUCACCUGAGACCAUCCUGAAAGCCCGCAAGAUCCGCUGCGCAGUUGGUACCAAAGGCUAUGAGUACCUCAGGGAGCUGGGGUAUCCACUGCCCUCAUACAGGACUCUUUGUAACCGCCUGGAGACUAAGAUCACAGUGACGACUGACAUGAGCUGUGAGGAACUGGCAGAGUUGGGACUGGGUCUCGUGCCCCCCUGUGACAGUCCCACACAGGGAGUAGGGGUCAAUGAGGAAGAACUGAUUCGUGUUUUGUCCUGAUCCUGACAGUUGAUAUGAUCUGUUGACUUGAACCAAAGGGAGAAUGUGCAGUUUACUGUGAUAGCCAUCUGUGGAGUUAUUGUUUAUUUAAAGAACAUGUUACACUUAUUCUCUAAUAAGGACUAAAGUAUUAGUAUUAAGGCCUCUCUUAGGCUGAUGUCCUGCAGUUGUAAAAUAAAGUGACACUUUGAA